CUGCUACUGCGUGCAACUGCUGUUCAAGGCGAUCCUUGUGUACGUUCGCCUGCGCAACGUUCCUCGACCGAAGCAGCGCGUUCCGUUCUCAUUUUUUUUGGAUAUGUGGCAAAACGUCGUCUCGAUGGAUUCGUCGCUGGAGAUGCCAGCGAGGAUUUUUAUAUACGUGAAGUCCAUGUGCCAGGACAUUGUCGACCAAGACAUGACAUUGUCCUUUCACGGCCCAACGCCAAUCCUACUCGCUGUUACGCCCUCGGUUGCCGAGAAGGUGCUGUCCGGCACCGAAAACAUAAACAAGUCAUUCUUGUACGCGAUGAUGAAGAGCUGGAUCGGCAAUGGGCUCCUCACAAGCGAGAAGGCAAUCUGGAAGAAACGGAGGAAAGCUCUGACACCUGCGUUCCACUUCCGAAUCCUGGACGAGUACGUGCCCAUCAUGAACCGACGGGCGGUCAUGCUCACGGACAAGCUGGCUCGCCUGGGCAGGGAGUACUUCGAUAUUCUACCCGUGAUCAGGCUGGCAACAUUUGCCAUACUCUUCGAGACUGCUAUGGGCGUGAAGCUGGACGAAGAAGAAGUCGAAAACAGCGAAUUCCUGAAAGUCAAUGACGAAAUGGCCGCUUCAAUUAUGACACGAAUGAUAACGAUACACCACUGGCCUGAUUUUAUCUACAAGCGAACAAAGGAUGGAAGAGAAUUUUACAAGAAAGUGGAACUCAUAAAGAAAUACACGCAAGACAUUCUCAGAAGCCGCAAGAAGGCGUACAAGAUUGAGGGCGCGAGGAAGCAGAGCUUCAUGGACAUCCUUCUGCGCAUGCACAUGGAAGAGGGCGUCUUCACCGAGGAAGAGAUCAGGGAAGAAGUCAACACGUUCAUGAUCGGGGGAUUCGACACGACCGCCAUGGCAGCCUCGUUCGCCAUUCACCUGCUGGGCAACCAUCCGGAAGCGCAGGCGAAAGUCCACGAGGAGCUCGACGCCGUGUUCGGGUCUGACGAGGAAAGACCGGUGACCACAGAGGACAUCAAACAACUCAAGUAUCUCGACUGCGUCAUAAAGGAGGCCCUUCGACUUUACCCUCCUAUUCCACUUAUUGCGAGGGAGCUUGGAGAAGAUGUACUUUUUGAAAACGUCACCAUCCCAAAGGGGACCGUGUCCAUCGUCCUCAUCUAUUUCAUGCAUCGGCAUCCUCGCUUCUUUGCACAGCCGAACGCAUUCUUACCAGAGAGGUUCCUGGAGGGUGACAGGGAACGCCACCCGUUCCUCUACAUCCCGUUUGCCAGCGGCGCUCGAAACUGCAUAGGGCAAAAGUUCGCUCAACUGGAGGACAAGAUUCUUCUGGCCCAAAUCCUGAGGCGGUUUACGGUGCAGUCGAUGAUCCCAAAUGAAGACCUUCAGAUGUCGCUGGAGCUAGUAUUGCGUCCCACUCAAGGCCUGCAUGUAAAAUUCACGCCUAGAGAUCGCAUGGCUGCUUAAUUAAGCACACGCGAAACCGGGCCAGCUCUGCAGUUCGCGCUCUUUGAAACUUUUUUUUUCAGUCGUCACUAUAACUCGAUCUUAUUUCAAAGUUUCAAAAUAUUUUAAUAAAAUUUUCUCACGGGUGCACCUACGAAUAAUGCUUCACAGAGCAAAUAAGUCUGCUAGAUUCCGUUUAUUGUCAUUGUUAUCGUAACUCAUUCAUUCGAAAGCGUUAUACCGGAACUAUAACCCUAUCCCACAAACAAGGCGGAAAUAUCGUCUUAAAAAUGUUAGGAUAUGGAAAUACACUGCUAUAAUAAAAUGAACCUUUUCUUCACAUUGCCUUGCUUCUGAUGAACUUACACUGCGUAUUUGUGUGCGUCGUGCUACAAUAAA